AUGAAGAAUCUCGGUCCGGUCUCAUUCUUCCUUGGCUUGCAGGUUACACAACAACCCAAUGGCCUACAUCUAAAUCAGUCAAAAUAUGUUGCAGAUCUUCUCAACCGUGCUGGUAUGUCUGAAUCCCGUCCCGUGAACACUCCUUUACCCCUUAAAAUUUGGGUUUCACCUGAAAACUCAGUUCCCUUUCCACAUCCGGAACUCUACCGGAAUUUGGUUGGUUCAUUGUAUUACUUAACCUUAAGCCGCCCAGAUAUCAUGUUUGCUGUUAAUCUUUUAUGUCAGCACAUGCAUCAUCCUCAGCUUUUUCACUUCCAACUGCUUAAGCGGCUUCUCAGAUAUAUUAAAGGCACCAUACAUUAUGGAUUACCCAUUCUACGGUCCACAUUGCAACUUACUGCCUUUUCUGACUCAGAUUGGGCUUCUGAUUCAACUGAUAGAAAAUCCAUUGCUGGUUAUUGUGCCUUCUUAGGUGAAACCUUGAUCUCAUGGAUUGUUAAGAAGCAAACAGCUAUUGCUCAUUCCUCGACAGAAGCUGAGUAUCGGGCUAUCGCCACUGCAGCUUGUGAUAUCAUAUGGCUGCAAAGUUUACUUACUGAAUUUGGUAUUAAUUCAUCUCCAACAAAGCUCUUUUGUGACAAUGUGUCAGCUCUUGCUCUAGCAGUCAAUCCUGUUUUACAUGCUCGUACAAAGCAGAUCGAAAUAGAUUAUCACUUUAUUCGUGACUACAUCAAAAGGCAACAAAUUACAGUUCAUCAUAUUGCCUCUCAGGACCAACCAGCUAACCUCUUCACUAAGUCACGUUCUUCUCUUCGGUUUAGCAAUCUUCGUUCCAAGCUAACUGUUCAGCCACCUAUCGUUAGCUUGCGGGGGAUGAUAAGAUAA